AUGAGUCGGCUGAUGUGGAUUCUACAGCUUUUGAGACCGGAGAUACAGCUGGGCGUGGUCGCGUUUCUGCUCUCCGCCGAUGCGGACCGCAAUAUAAGAUUCAUCGCCGGUGAAAGCCGGUUCAACCACGAUUACUUUGAGAACUUUACGUUCACCAUUCGAAACGAUCAGGUCUUCCUGGACAUGUAUCUGCGAAAACCUCUUCUUCGAGGCUGGCGGGCCAGGCUGGACUUUCAGUUGCGGGUAGGAAACUCUAAGAGCUUCCAGAGCCUCUUCUCCACCAACGUCGACGUGUGCAGCAUUGUGAAUGCCGGCAAGAUCACCCUGUUCAAGAAGUGGUACCGAAACCUCCUCAAGUAUGGCAACUUUCUUCGGCAGUGUCCCCUGAAUGCGAGCCAUUACUACCUGAGGGGGUGGCAGUUCGGGGAGGGGCUGGUGCCGCCGUUCAUCACCAGCGGGUCUUACCGACUAGAGACCUACAAUUUCUACGGCAAGUACAAGGGGAAAAACGAGGACUUCAUUAUGAGUUGUACGGCCGAUGCAGUCAUUAAUAUCUAAUUACUGAUACUCGAAACUAAUGACAUGCAA